ACCCUUGAUUACAACUACUGGUUUAUAAAUUUCUUCUUUUGCCACUGGGAGAAUUUAGGUUCUAUUCAUACUCCUUUAAUGCCAUCAGAUUUAGGCUAAAACAGGCACCAAAAUUUGUUCAUUGGUUACAAUUACUGGUUUAUGUAUUUCUUCUUUUUUCAACUGAGGGAGUUUAAGUUCUAUUCUUACAAUUAUAUCAGAUUUUGGUUGAAACAGACUCCUAAAUUUUCUUCGAAUCCUGAUACUGUGCAGUAAUGGAAUUGAGAUGGUGACUGAAAAGGAAUAGAGAGAGUUGUCAGCUAAAGACACUGCUCUGUGUGCUCCCUGUCAGAUGCUUGUGAUUUGGAUUCAGAAUCAACUAAAACAACAGAAGACAAAGGACACAGUUUUCAACUAUGUAAAUCAGUGUGACUCAUACACCGUCAUCGUCUUGGAUGAAUCAAUGAGUAAGUCCUCUGGAUCAUGCAAUCUGUCCAUAAAAGCUUAUUGUGUUUUUCAGGACCUUGCCACGGGGAAGACAAUUUUAACUGCUAAGGAGCAGAGUGGGUUGUAUUUUUUAGAGUUUGACGACCAAAGCAACACAAAAAUCAUGAGUCAACAAGCAACAUAUGAGACGUGGGCAAAAUCCCAAAUAUGGUUACAUCAUCAAAGGCUUGGGCAUCCUUCAUUCAGUCUUACAAAGUCCUUAUUUCCCCACUUGUUUACCAAAGAAUCUGUUGAGUCUUUUAAUUGUGAUAUUUGUCAAUUUUCAAAAAGCCAUCGUGUAUCUUAUCCUAUUAGUCAUAAGGCUUAAUACCACUUUUGGUCCCAUGUUUGGGGGGUUGUGUUCAAUGUGGUCCUACCUUUUUUUUCCUUAUCAAUAGAUCCCACCUUUUGAAAAAUUCGUUCAAUUGAGUCCUUUUGCCUUACGGCAUCAGUUUUCUAACGGUGUUGGUGCCCCUCUGGAUAAACAUUAGCAACGUGGCAGUGUGAGACUUGUUGAUGUGUAAAUUAGAAAAGUGAAAAAAAAGGUGUUAAAAAACUUCAGAAUUAUCCCUUUGUUUGUUUGUAUUGUAGUCAUCGUUGAGCUUUUGUAUUGACAGGUAAAAUUUGGCAAUUGAGGACUCACAAAGGGGAUGGGGGGAUUCAGAGGCAACUCUCAUGGUUCACUCUCAACUCCAUUCACUCCACAGAGAACCUCUCAGUAAUGGUCAUGAGACAAAAACUGAUCCCGACAUCCUAACCUGAAAGACGUUUUCCUCUCACUCCCAAUUCACCUCCAACACUUCACCAUCAGCUCAAGCAGUCUGGAUUUCCUUCACCUCAUACGUCAUAUGUCAUUCAUCAACUCACGGUUUUUCACUCACAAGAAGGAAACAAUACAAGACAUUCAAGAAGGGAAAUCAAGGAGCAUUGAUUCAAAAAUUACAGGCCAUAGCAAAACAACCAAAAUCAAAACAUCGAAAUCAAGACACAGAGGUAAGUCUCACGAUCAGGGCUUACUGCCACUAUUCAUUCGAAUAUAUGUGUGAUUCUGUGUUUGCUUGCAUUUGGGUUCUGCUUGCUAGUCUUGAUUUGUAUAUGGAUUUAUGCUUCUCCAUGAUAUUGUUGUUUUACUCUGCUGCCCCGACACCAUAAUGUCCUUAUGGGUUUGAUCUUUCCCUCUUCUUUCUAACCUCUGACGCACAAGAACCUUCAACUGUUCUUCCCCCACUUAUUCACUGAACUGAUUCUACACAAGUUAGUUGAACGCAUCUGAAUGGAAACUCCACUCAUCAAUGACGCCACACCCUUCUUUAUCCGAGAUUUGGCCCUCGCGUUUCCCCUCCUCCAACAAGAGACCCUAUUCUCUCUUUCUUUACAAUCGUUCUCCCAACAGUAACAAAUACAUCAAGCUAUCACCACCUUCAACAGUCGUAUGCCAAAAUGCUGCGUUGUGCCCUCUUCAACCUGACACCAUCUUCUUCCUCCAUCUUGUUCGGCGCCUGACAAAUAUUAAACUCACUCACCUCCUAGCAUCCAUUAGGUCUCCUAUUAUCCUCUCGCCAACCCCUUCAAGCAUACUAUAAUCACAGAAUCAGAAAACCCCUUACACACAAACCCCGAUUCUUUCCUCUGCAAGAAACAAGCAACCACCACAACAACUCUAACAUAGAAAAAAAACCUAAAAUCUCUACAUCUGUUAUGACUGCUCUGGAAAUUGAAACCGUUUUUGGCCACCACGACACCUCUGUUGCACGCAUGAGCAGUGGUUGGUCUGGCAGAGGCAACGGCGUUUAGUCUCGUUGGUGGCGGCGCUCUUGGACUUGAUGAAGAGGGAAAGGGUUUCCCUGCUCGUGAGGUCAGAAUUCUGAAGUUUUUUAACCCCUCUUUUUUUUCCAUUUUUCUAAUUUACACGUGAACAAGUCUCACACUGCCACGUUGCUAAGGUUUAUCCAGGGGGCACCAGCACCGUUAGAAAACUAACGCCGUAAGGCAAAAGGACUCAAUUGAACGAAUUUUUCAAAAGGUGGGAUCUAUUGAUAAGGAAAAAAAAAGGUAGGACCACAUUGAACACAACCCCCCAAACAUGGGACCAAAAGUGGUAUAAAGCCUAGUCAUAAAAAGAGUAUUUUUCCAUUUGAUUUAAUGCAUUCUGAUGUUUGGGGUCGUGUCAUAGAUUCUAUUUCUGGAGCCAGAUGGUUCAUUACCUUUAUUGACGAUUGUACCCGUGUCAUAUGGACAUACCUUAUGAAAAAUAA